AUGAGAACAAUCAAGAUGGCAAUGAUGAGAUUCGCCACGGCUGUGGCCGGUAUUACUGUCUUGACGGGAUGCGGCAGGGUUUUAGCUGACCCCGAAAUUCCAGGCACUGACGAAAACAUUUGCACAGACGGCAAAUAUUUAAAUCUAGCCUUGCCACUUGGUCAGGAAAUACUGACUUUCAAGUGUGGCCCUAAGAUUACCACUCUUGACCCCUCUGAUCCCCUUCUGGUGUAUACUGAGAAUUCAUCGCCAGGGCAAGGAGUACCUCUCAAUACCGUAAUGCCGGGGGCUACUUUUCAGCACGGCCAGGGCGGAAGUAGCCACACACUCAGAGUUCCCAAUUCAUCAAGACCUCCCAAGGAAACGUACAUUUUAUACCUCUGUAAAGAAGCAGGUGCUGCUGGUGAGAAUGGCCCGGUCGAAGCGAAUGACCUCUCGUCGGCAGCGCCGCGCCGUAUGUGCCUUGUCGACAUCAAAGUAGCUGCCAAAAGCCCCGAAGGUGAAACCGAAAAUGGAACCUCUCCUCCGCAAGGUCAAGAGGACACUUUGCCUCCGGACGUCAAUACGUGCAAUGCUGGUCAAGACAAGGAACUUACCGUCUCGGAACCAGGCGAGCUGAAGCUGAAAUGCAGUGCAGGACUGUCGUUUCAGCCCGAGGAGACGUCCGCUGUAUUUGACGAUGGAGAUGGCAAAUGUGAAACCGUACAGUCCCUGACGACGCUCGUUCCUGCAGCUGUGAGAUCAGAUCAAAAGGGCAUCGUUACUGUGGGAAUUCCGCGUCUCCCCUCCACUGGAAACAAAGCCAUAUGCUACCAGUGCACAUCCGGCGAAGCAGACAACAGUGACACGCGCGAAAGCUCACGGACCGAGACAAGCUGCAAGUUCCGAAUUACUGUUCUGUCAUCUACAUCCGCAGACCCCGAAUCAAAUGGUGACGGGCCGAUCUUCCGUGGUUCGAAAAGCAUGGCAGCCGCCUUUUUCUCAGUAGUUGCGGCUCUUGCCACUGGUGUCAUGGCACUUGCUUUCUAG